AUGUCACAAAGUCAUGCUCUUUCGGAUGAUCAGGUCGCGGGCGAGCUCCGCAAGAUGACCGCGUUCAUCCGACAAGAAGCCCUCGAGAAGGCCCGCGAGAUCCAGUUGAAGGCCGAUGAGGAAUUUGCGAUUGAGAAAUCUAAGCUGGUGCGCCAGGAGACCGCAGCUAUCGAUACCCUCUACGAGAAGAAGUUCAAGCAGGCCGCCAUGUCUCAGCAGAUCACUCGGUCCACACUCGCCAACAAGACCAGACUUCGUGUUCUCGGAGGUCGUCAGGAACUCCUUGAUGAACUCUUCCAGACUGCCCGUGAGAAGAUGUCCAAGGUGGCUGCCAGCGACAAGAAGAAGUACCAGGCUACACUCAAGGGGCUGGUCCUCGAGGGCCUGUAUUAUCUGAAUGAGGAUAUUGCUGUGAUUCGUUCCCGCAAGAAGGAUGUGGAUACUGUUAAGAAGGCUAUUGAGGAGGCGGCUAAGGAGUACGAGGAGAAUGUUGGCUCUAAGGUGACCGUGACCGUGGACGAAUCGGAGCCAUUGCCAGAAGGAUCUGCUGGUGGGGUGGUCAUUGUCGGCGGAGAGGGCAAGAUCGAGAUUAACAACACUUUCGAGGAGCGUCUGCGACUUUUGGAGAUCGAUUCUCUUCCUGCCGUUCGAGAGACGCUCUUCGGCAAGAACCCUAACCGGAAGUUCUACGAUUAA